AUGAGUUGGGACACUGACACUGUGGAUUUACUGGGUUCACAGGAGAGUUUAAGUAGCAGACAGUCUGGUGACCGUUGCACAAACUACAGCCUGACCAAGAAAAGGCUGUCGAUAGGAGUCGGUCUGCUGAUAGUGUCCUUUCUGGCUUUGGUGACCCUUAAUCGUAAUGAGGGUGACAGCAGGGACGACAGCAUUGUGGUGUAUUAUGAGUCGACGUUUGAUGUCCCCGUCCCUCAGCAAACCACUGUGGAUGAAGCCAUUGAAUCUCUGGAGCCUCCAGCAGAAAGUGAAUGGAGCCAACAGGGACAAGGACUGCUGAAACCCAGUGACACCCUGAACAUCAGCAACAUCAUCUCACAAGCUAUAGAUCAGCGCUUGGCCAGGACCCCAUUAACUGAGACGAUCGACAUCCACGUCGGAAACCCUGGAUUUGUUCAUUCUCCGGGGUUUCCAGAUUAUUUUUAUCCUCCAAAUCUCAAUUUGCAGUGGAGGCUUCGUGCAGACCGGGGCCACCGAGUCCGGCUCAGUUUCCACAGUCUGAUCUUGGAGGACGACUGUCAGCACGACUUCAUCAAAGCCUAUGAUUCGCUGGCUCCCUUAGAGAAACGUGCUCUGACAGAACAGUGUGGUCAUCCUCAAAAAUCAUUAUCCUUCAUCUCUGGAAACGUCAUGUUACUGACGCUGGUCACAAAUGAGGAGAAAAACUUCCCUGGCUUCAAAGCAAGCUACUCCCAGAUUCCUGUGACUGAACUAAAUUGUGGUGGCACAAUGACUGAAGACAAAGGCUUGUUCUCUUCACCAUUUUUCCCCUCCAAUUACCCUCCAAGCACAUCAUGUGUCUGGAACAUCGAGGUUGCGAAGGAAAAAUUUGUGAAGGUUGACUUCAAAAAGUUCUUUGUGGGAAAUCAAAGUGAGCAUUGCCCCCAUGAUUAUGUUGACAUCAACGGUGAAAGGUUGGAUAAUGACAUGAUUUUUGUUUUUGUCUCAUCAGCUUGUCCGGGAAGGUUCCAGUGCAACAACUCCCUGUGCAUCAGCAAGAUUUCUCAGUGUGAUGGCUGGAACGACUGUGGAGAUAACAGCGAUGAGAUCAACUGCACUUGUCCGGGAAAGUUCAAGUGCAGCAACACCCGGUGCAUCAAGAAGACUCUGCAGUGUAACGGCAGGGAUGACUGUGGAGACAACAGUGAUGAGCUCAACUGCAGUGAGUCCAAACCGUCAAAGAUCUCUUUGUUGGUGUGCUCAGCGUUCACCUUCCACUGCAGUAAUGGACUCUGCAUCAGUAAACUGAACCCAGAGUGUGAUGGAGAGCAGGACUGUGAGGACGGCUCUGACGAGGCUAACUGUGAUUGCGGGACGAAUCUGUACAGUAGCAGUCGUAUCGUGGGAGGUCAGGCAGCUAGUGUGGGUGAGUGGCCCUGGCAGGUGAGCCUCCACUUCAAGGGGCUAGGACACGUGUGUGGAGCCUCUGUGCUGAGUGACCGCUGGCUGCUGACUGCUGCCCACUGCGUCCAAGACACUACAGUUUACAAGCUGUCUCAGGCUCACAAAUGGGAGGCUUUCCUGGGAUUGCAAGUGCAGAACCAGACCAAUGAGUGGACAGUAAAGAGGGGUGUGAAGCAGAUCAUCGCUCACAGGUACUACAACAGAUACACCGAAGACAGUGACAUCGCGCUGAUGGAGCUGGACACCAGAGUCAACCUAACCCAGCACAUCAGACCCAUCUGCCUGCCUUCCUCCACCUACUACUUCCCAUCAGGCCAAGAGGCUUGGAUCACUGGCUGGGGGAAUACCCUGCAGGGAGGUGCCGCGACGGCCAUCCUCCAGAAGGCGGAAGUUAAGAUCAUCAACAGCUGGCUGUGUAAUGUUGUACUGAAUUACAGGGUCACAGGUAACAUGCUGUGUGCUGGAGUCCUUUCAGGAGGGCGACUCCGGCGGGCCCCUGUCUGUCGCCAACUCCCGCGGGCGUUUUUUCCUGGCAGGUGUGACGAGCUGGGGCAAAGGCUGCGCUCGCAUAUACGCACCCGGCGUCUACACUCGGGUUACCAAAUACCGCAGCUGGAUAAAACAGAAGACUGGAGUUAUCAGGGACAUGACCUGAAUUAA